AUGCAUCUGAGAGCGGCGCGGUUGCAUUUGAUAUGCACGCUGGUACAACUUAUCGGUUUGCCAGGUCUGAUCCACGGUCGAAGUUGGCGGGUGGGUGUACCAGCCGGCUUCCCGUUCACAGAUCCUGACACUGAGAACACUGAACCGUCUGGUAUAAUUUAUGACCUGUUUGAGAAUGCGGAAAGCUUAUCGGCUGUUGACAACUUCUCUCUGGUCCCAAUGUCAAAUUGGUUUGAGCCGGUGCAGCUCGACCAAACUUGGAAUAUGACCGCUCUGGAAUCAGGUUCAUUGGGGUGCAUUGCAAAGCUUAAUACGCCUAAUGGAAGCGAUCUGUGUUUAUUUGUACAAUCGAGGGCUACCUUGGAGGCUUUAGAACUCAUGCCGGAGGCAAGCAAUUUAACAAUCACAAGUGUCCCUUGGAUGAGUCUAAGGCCAGUCCUGCUUGCAGCGUGUACAGGAUCAGCGUGCCCGUGGAAGAUCGAGCCGUCCAUUCUUGGUGCCAUGUACUUUAUGCGUCCAUUUCAUUCCUCUGUUUGGUCACUGUUGCUGCUCUACAGUCUUACGACAGCUGGUCUUCUGUUUGUUUUCGAAAUGACGCACACAUAUCGAUUUGGCAAGAAAGUGGUACAACCAGCCCCAGAUGAAAAUCGAUUCACUCUGUAUGAGUCGUUUAUGUGCGUUGCACUCGCCAUGUUUCUACAACCCUUUCACAAGCAUCCCAAAUCCUGGGCAGGUAUGAUCCUCACCGUGUUCUGGUACGCGUUCUGUCUGAUUUGCAUCAUAACAUACGCCCUCGGAGUCUCACGAUUGUUGUUUCAAACCGAAGAGCAAGUUGAGUCUCAUAACUCAUUGACAAUCUCCGUGGAAAAAGAAUUAGCCUGUGAGCGCCAUAGUUUUUGGUGUAAUCUGCUUCACGAUCAAAUGCACAUGCCAAUAACCGAGGUUGACCUUCCAAGGGAUGAAUCCGGAUACAUCGUUUUAUCAUCGCUAGACUGGCAGAAACCGCUACUAGUCGACCAGUUGACUGCCAGGCUGAUCGUGUAUCAAACCAUAAAAGUGAACGAAAGCGGAAGCAACAUGUAUGUUCACUGGCUUCCAGCACAUUUCGACUGCCCUGGGGGUACACAGCAACCACCUUUCCCUUCAUUAUAUUUGAAUUUCGCUGCAGCCUGGCCGACAGUGAUACGUUCUGUAAAUUACUACAUCAGAAUACAACAAGAAUCGGCAGCAUUGUAUCGACUGGCAAACAAAUGGAACCUCGAUUUUGUUGAAGAUACCAAAUUGUGCCGACCUACUGAAGCAGCCAAACAGGCCGCACCAGUUCGCAUGUAUCAGAUGAAUGGCCCACUUCUGUUUAUGAUAAUUGGUGCACUCAGUUCGCUGGUUGGACAAUUUUGCCAGUUAUUCUAUUAUUCUGUCAUAAAAAAGGUAGGUUCUGCUGUUUAACUCACCUAAUCCAAACGGCAUUUCAGAAUCCACCGGCACACAAAGUAAACGAAGACGAUCCGGAAUUAAAUCUCCUUACGUGAACCAUGGGAUUUUAUUCUUCAAUAUUUUCAUUGACCAGAUUAUGGGUGUUAAUAUCAACUUUUCUACUUCUUGAUUUUUGUGACAAAUUUACAUUUAUAUCCUUGUCAUACAAUCAUCACUCAUAGUGCCGAAUGUCCGAGAGUAAUGUUUAAUGAUGUCAUGUCCCGUUAACUUUGAUGGAAAUAGGAGAUCUAAACGGGGAAUAUUUAUAAUCGUCUGUAAUCAAAUAAGUGGAUUGUGAUUUCUUUGUUAUACGGCUAUCAUGUCUUUUGUUAUCAAACCUCUGUAGAAUCGGAAGCUG